UGGGGGAGCGGAGGUGGAGCCGGCGGGCAGGGACGGAGUCCGGUGGGAAGCCCCGGGCACAGCCGCCCUGGGGAAGAGGCCCACACGGGGAGGCGAAGCCCCGGCCCGUUGGAUUUGGGAUCGCAGCGCGUGCAGCCCUGCCGUCCCAGCACUGGCACUACCCGUCUCCAUCGUGGCCUGCAGCGGCUGGGGUUGGGGGUCGGCGCCCCACGGCAGCUGGUGGUGGAGGGCGGGAGGAGGGGAGAAGGGGCGAAGAGCUCCUCCUCACUGGCCACUUUGCCUCGGCGGCUCGGCGGCCCCCUCCCCGAACGCCCGCGAUGGAGAAGUAUCAUGUCCUGGAAAUGAUCGGCGAAGGCUCCUUUGGGCGUGUGUACAAGGGGCGCCGGAAACACAGCGCCCAGGUGGUGGCCUUGAAGUUCAUCCCCAAGGUGGGGCGGUCUGAGAAGGAGCUGAAGAACCUGCAGCGGGAAAUUGAGAUCAUGAGAGGCCUCCAUCACCCCAAUAUCAUCCAGAUGCUCGACAGCUUUGAGACCGACAAGGAGGUUGUGGUGGUGACUGACUACGCAGAGGGGGAGCUCUUCCAGAUCCUGGAGGAUGAUGGGAGUUUGCCCGAGGACCAGGUCCAGACCAUAGCUGCCCAACUGGUCUCUGCUCUCUAUUACCUGCACUCCCACCGCAUCCUGCACCGCGACAUGAAACCCCAGAACAUCCUGCUGGGCAAAGACGGCGUCGUCAAACUCUGUGACUUCGGGUUUGCCCGUGCCAUGAGCAUCCACACCAUGGUGCUGACCUCCAUCAAGGGCACCCCACUGUACAUGUCCCCUGAGCUGGUGGAGGAGCGGCCAUAUGACCACACAGCAGACCUGUGGUCCGUGGGCUGUAUCCUGUACGAGCUGUUCAUGGGCACUCCUCCCUUCUACACCAGCAGCAUCUUCCAGCUUGUCAGCCUCAUCGUCAAAGACCCCGUCAAAUGGCCCAAGGCCAUAAGCCCAGUCUUCAAGAGCUUCCUGCAGGGACUACUAAUGAAGGACCCCUGCCAGCGCCUGUCAUGGCCAGAGCUGCUCUCUCACCCCUUCAUUGCUGGACGGGUUACUGUGAUUGAUGACACGGAAGAGCAUGGGAUCUCAAACCCCUUCACCACCAAGCUGUCCCCAGAGCUGCAGGCCCUGAAGGAGCAGCAAGCCCAUUCCCUGGCCCCCAGGGGCGGCCAGUCCAGGAUCCUGAGAAAGGCCCGUCAGAAGAUGGCUGAGGAGGCACAGAAAAAGGGGCAACUGAAAGCAGGUGAUGCAUCUACGAAGAACUCUGGCAAAAGAUGCCCAGGGCACGGACCCAGAGCAUCUCUAAAGAAGGCAGCCCUCAUGGAGGGGGAGCCACCUGCUGCCUCCAAAGAGAAGAACCCCAGUGUCCUGCAAGGAAAGAGCAGCACGGCAGAGUGGGAUUUGAAGGAGCCUCCACCCAGCCCACGGGAGCACAGCAUCACUCAAGACUAUGAGCGGGAGUUUCCUGGAGCAGGGGCCUCCCCGCAGCCUGGUGCUGUCAGGGCAGAGCCCUGGAGCAGGCGCAGCAUUGAGACCGUGGACCUGGAGAGUGAGGAGCUGGAGAGCGAUGAGGAGUGGCAGCACCUGAUUGAGGCCACUGAGCCUUCAACCAUGCAGCUGAGCACGCCACUGAGCCUCCUGAGGGACCCAGCCUUCCGGCACCGUGUCCAGGCCCGCCUGAGAGACUCUGCUCAGCAGGUGCUGGAAGGGAUGCUGGAGGGAGCCUCCCGUCUCCGUCCCGUGCUCCGCGUUGUGGGCAACCUCCUGGCUACCCGGUGUGACUCUGAGCUGCUGGACUACUUCUGCCAAGAGCUGAAUGUGCCUCUGUCCCUGCUGUGUCUAGCCAAGCAGAUCCUGGAGAGUGGUAGCACCAAGCAGCAGCCCUGGUGUAUCACGGUGCUGACAGACCUCCUCGUGGUGACCACAGUUUAUUUCAGCAGUGAAUGCAGCCUGGAGGAGAGUGGGCAAAAUGACAGCCUGCAGGCCUUCCGGGAGAGUGCCAGCUGCUUCCUAGCCCUGCUGCCGGAGCUGCUGGCUGAGCCAGCUGACAGCGAGAUGAGACUCUGCCAGCAAAGCCUCCUGUGCUUCACCCUGCUUUGUGAGAGCCUGGAUGCGACGUGCCCCUCUGUCUCUGCCCCCUUCUAUGCCAGCCUGCGAGAGGAGCGUCAGCCCCUGCUAAGCAGACUCCUCCAGGGAUCCAUCUCAGAGCAGCCUGCUCUGCGAGGUGCAGCGAUGGAGGCCAAGUCAUCCCAUGAUCGGAGCCCAAGUGCAGCAGAUCUCUUCACAGCUGCACUGGCUGCUGCCUGCAGCAUCCCCCUGGAGAGGAACGGCUGUCAGGAAGCCAAGCAGCAGGUCGCUCGGGAGGUAGCUGAAAAGCUUAUGGAGGGAGAGAGCCAGCAUCUUGGGAGGCUGCUGGGGAGGCUGGAGCACCCAAGCUGCUCCUUGAACGUGCUCAAGAUCCUCUAUGCUGGCUGCCAUGCCAGCCUGAGCCUGUGUCAGCACCUGGGAAGGAGCCAGCAACUGUGGGGUUCCCUCAUGCAGCUCUCAAAGGGCAAGGUCCCCAUGGCGGAGGUGACCGAGGGCGCAGCCUGUGAGGCCUCUCUGUACCUGCUGGCCCUGCUCACCCUGCAGCUCCAGGGCUCCCCUCCCAGGCUUGAGGAGGUGGUUACCCUGGCCAUGGAUCUCAUCACCCAGUCUCCUGUCGUCUCCCUUGUGGGUGCUGCAGCAUUCCUCCUGACACAGCUCAGUCAGCAUGGGGUGACCUUGGAGCUCGGGGGGGAAGAGAUCCUACCGGUGGUGACAAACAUGCUGACAGCACCUGCUGAGCUGCAGCUCCCCCUGCCAAUGGGUGCUGGUCUCUAUGAUGGGAUCUUUUUCCUCCUGCUGAAGCUGCUUGCCCAGGAGGAUGUGGCUGUGGAGCAGGGCUUUGCUGCCUCAGAGCUGUGGAGCGUGGUGUGGCAUUGUGUUGCUGUGGUGCUUCGUGCGGGCAACCACAGGGUAGUGCUGGACGGAGACCCCCCAGGGGCAGACCACCCCACAGCAGAGCCGGACUGGAACCUCCUCUCCCCUCAAGGCACCCUGCUCUUCCUCAGCCUGGCCCUCUUCGUCUUCACUCGUGAGUCCCACCAGUGCCUGCCUCAGCUUGCCCAGUCCCACGGUGUCCUUAUGGUGACACUGAAGAGGCUGCUGUCCCCUGGCUUCCUGGCAUGCCUGGCACAGACGCAAGCAGGAGAGGAUGGGGACCCUGAGCUUGUCCCAGCUGUGGUGAUCCAGGCCUGCCAGCUCCUCUGUUUCCCUUUUGCCCUGGAUGUGGAUGGGGACACCUUAGCAUUGGUCAUGGAGGCUGUGAGAGACGCCCAGAUACCUGCCCAGCUGCUGCAGGUCUGCUCUCACCAUCUGCCCUUCUCGUACACCGAGCUCCCCAUGAGCCUCUUGUGCCACCUUGUUGUGUCUGAUGAGCAGGUCAUAGAUCAAAUGGUGAGGGCAGCCACUGCCUCAGAGCACAUCAUCACCUUCUUGACGUCUGCCUUAUUUUCAGACAGCCUCACGCUCACAACCGACCUCCUGUCUCUCUUGACCCAUGUGGCCCGGGCCUGUCCGGAGCACCUGCCCUUUCUCCAGAGGAUCCUGAGAGGCUCGGAUGUGGCUGACCAGCCACUGACCUGCCUACUUGGCCACCGGCAACACAUGAUACGGGCCAAAACCUGCAACCUGCUGGGCAACCUGCUCCGGCACAGCCACGGCUUUCCCCAGGUGCUGCAGAGCCAGCCGGCCUUGCUGGAGAGCCUGCUGGGCUGCCUGGCGGACCGGGAGGAGAGCGUGCGGAGAGCAGCCAGCUUCGCGGUGGGCAACGCUGCCUACCACGAGUCCUUCCCGGCAGGGACCCUGGGCAGGGCCGUGCCCAGGCUGACAAGGCUGUUGAGGGACGCGCAGGCCAGGACGUGCUGCAACGCGGCCUCGGCCCUGGGCAACCUGGGCCGGCGCUCGGCGGAGCUGGGGGACCUGCUGAUCGAGAGCAGGGCCCCCCACGUCCUGCUGGAGGUGGCCUGCUGGGACCCCCGGGAGAGCGUGCGUGAGGGAGCCCUGGUGGCGCUGCGGGCCCUCAGCCAGCACCCCGGGAUACAGCAGGUCCUGCUGUCCCUCAGAGCCACUGAGAGGCUGGCCAUGCUGGCCAGCGGUGACUCACAGCCUGCUGCCGGUGGCAGUCCCCGGCCACCUUCUGCCCGGCACUGCGAGAAGCUCCUCCGUCUCCUCGCACCCCUGUGCAGCACUGGUGGGAAUGGUGCUGGAAACGCCCCCAGACCCCCAGAUCCCGGCAAGCCUGUGGCCCCGCGCUGACAACUGGGCUCAGCCUGAUGUUGCCUCCAGUGGGACAGGACAACCACUCUCUGCCUCCUCCUCGGGCUCCGGCUCCGACCUUCCACAGAACCCACGGUUGUCCGCCCCGAGGAGGGGGAUAUUCUUGCCCGGCCAGCUGCUCCCUGUGGGAAGCCAUUCCUGCAAAAGGGCCUGUAGACCUAAAGAGACCACCUCUUUCUAAGUGGCCUCCCGGGCCCGUGCCCGCCCACCGGGCGCCGGGGCUCUGCCCCGCCAUCUCCGCUGCUUCCCCGCCAGGCCGCUCGGGGGCGCCGUGUGCCGUUGCGGCUGGCGCGGUGGCUGCCGGGAGGUGUAGUCACGUGGCGGUGCCGCCCCGGAUCCCUAUGGUAACGGCGGGCGGUGCGGCGGCGGCCCAGGAGCGGCGGGACCCGGGGGCGCCGGGCGGGCGGUGAGUACGGGAGGGGUGGACCCGAGUGUGCCUCCCCUUCAAGGAACCGGUCCCUUCCCCUCGUGGGGAGUGCGUGCCCUCUGUGGGUACCAUUCCCAGGGCCUGCCCCGGGGCGUGCGGCCCUUGGUUCCCCUCGCUGGUUCCCCGUCCGCCCCUCGCCGGGCCCCCACGGUCCUCCCUGCCCCACUGCCAUGCCCGCAGCGCUCACCCGGCCUCUGCCCCAGCGCCGAGGAGGCGCCUUGCUCAACCACAGGCCUCGCUGUGGCCCUGCGCUGUGACCCCUUGGGGUGCUCUGGGCCAGGCCCCAUGGGGCUGGGGACACGACAUAGGGGCGCUCUGCGGCAGGAUCUGCUGGGGACAGUGUCCUGGCCAGCGCUCCUGGGACAGGAGGGAGCAUCUCAAUAGCGCCUUUGGCCUCAAAGACUUUUACCUGAAAAAAUGAGAACCAGAGUGUGUUCCCUGGGCGAGCGUCAGGGAGAAAGAAGAGCUGGCUCCGUAGUGAGCCUCUCCAACAGCUCUUGGAGCAGCAGUGAGGAUGGAACUGGGGUUGACCGGAGCCAAGCGGGCACUGGGACAACCCAGCUGCUAAUCCUUCCACUAGGGUCUUGGCUGCUCUAAUGUUGUAAAAAGGAACUGGUGGGUCUGAAAGGUGAACGGGCAGAGCUGCAAGAUGAGUUGAGACAAGCCUGGAAUGUUUCCUGAAUGACUCCAGGGUCUGGGCUGGGAAUGAGGGGCGCAGGAGUGGGGAAGCCCUGUAGAGCUGUGCCAGCCUGCUGUCUCCCUGCCCAGCCAGGCUGCAGAUAUCUCAUGGGAGGCAGAGUUCAGCCCCACAGCUCCACAUCAAAACCCUCCCUAUGUGACUCCCUGAGAUGCAGCUUCUCUUUUUCAUUGCUGUGUACUCCCUAACAAACAUGUGUGUGGUGGUCUGGUGGCUCCUGGGCAGUUUGGGGAAAUAAACAGCAGAUUGUUGGUCUGAUUACAGCCCUAUCUAAUAAUUUUUCCUUUAUUCUUAGUGGUUGUACUCAGCAAAUAGUGGCACUUGUCUGUCCUUGCAUUGCACUCUUGCUGCAGUCCUUAAGUUUUGUAUUAGGCAAACUUUGUUGAUGACAAAUCGGCUACUCCUGCACUUCAGUCAUGCCUGGGGCCCUUCUCAGCAUAGCAGGAAUCGCAUUGCGAGGAGGACACUGACAGGGCCAAAUGCCACUAUCCCCAGAUAAUGAUGCCUGCCUGGAGAUGUGGUGUCACCGAUGCAGGUCGAGGGCUUUGGCUGACGUACUGGCUUGGCUGGGUGCCACUCCUUGGCAUUUCCCAGGUUCAUCCCCUGCAGCAAGUUUGGGAGUAUUUGGCGGCUUCUUCCUGACUUGAAUCUGUGUUUCUGCUCCACUCCUGAGCUCUGAGAGACCACUGCGAGAUGGUUGCAGUGCCUCCAGAGGAAUCUUUCUCAUCCCGGCCAAGACAUGGAAGAGUCCUCAUCACAUACUGAAGGACAGACCUGGGAGCUUUUUCUUCCAGUUCCAGAUAUGUUUCAGAAAAAAGUAUCAAGAAAAGGGGAUGGACAAAGAAUUGAUGUGUUUUGAACUAAUUGGGCAGUUCUUGUCUCCCUGCUACAUAUCGAUAUUUUAUAGUUGUUCCACUCACCCUGAGUCUUCCACCUUUAUUUUAUUUCUAUGCCAAAGGCUGAGAACAUGUCCAGGCUGCCUAAGACCAGACUGAUCUGUGCUGACUGCCUGUCAGUUCCUGUGCUGGUGGCCGAGCUCUCCCCAAGUCUUGUUGUGUAAUUUUCCUGUAGCUUUUCUCUCAUUGUGAGUCAUAAUUGAGAAUGAUAUCACUUUG